AUGGCGCAGAUGGGCGGCCUUUCUUCAAGCCGUACCCCGCUCGAGCCUCGACACCUUGGCAGUGGCGCCGCGCUGCAUGGGCUCUUCGACAUCUCCACUGGAACUAGGAGCAUCACGGCUGUUGGCAAUAGCGGCUGCAGCAUCAUUGCCGCCGUAGCAUAUUUGAUUUUCGACCUCAACGUCCGCGUUGAGGGAUUGGAUGGAGGGGGUGUUUUCGCCUCCUCGGACGUCAGUGGUUCAAGUUCUGUCCAAGUCAAUGGCAAAUACGUAGCCACGCAAACGUCAGGUGUCGUGAUUGCAGACUCUACCUACGUGCUUCAUGAAGCCAAGGAUAUACUCACGUAUACUUUGCAAGACCAACGUUUACUCCUACGCAGGCGGCUGCCGUGGAAACACUGCCUCCGGUCCAUGUUUGGGAGCAUGUUCGUCGACCUCAUAGAACGGCCUGCGGUGCUGGGUAAGGUUUUUGGCAGCGUCGCCCACAUCUGCCAAGCUUUGGAGGAGGGUGAGAUCGACGUCCAGAACCAGGACCGACAGGCGUUCAUUGAUUUUACCGAGGCCAGUUUUGGGGUCGGAUUCAUUGACUCCGUUGGCGAAAUCUUCCCAGAGCUGUCGUCACUGGAACUACGGCCACACAUGGACCUGGCUCUGGGCAAAUCCCCAAAGAAGGCAGAAGAGCAGUUCGAGGAUCCCUUCGUGUCUAUGAAGAGAAACUGGUCCUACGUCGACUGCACUGACGUUGGAGGCCCUCUCCACAACAAUUUCAGGAUCUGUUAG